AUGAUGCAAAAGGGUCUAAGACCCGACAAGUAUACUUUCCCUUUUGCUCUCAAAUCUUGUGCUGGAUUGUCUGAUUUGAAGCUGGGAAGGUUGGUUCAUCAGCAUUCAGUGUGUUGUGGUUGUCAACAUGAUGUUUUUGUUAGUGCCGCUCUGGUUGAUACGUAUGCGAAAUGCGGCGACAUUGAAAGUGCUCGUCUGGUGUUUGAUAAAAUGCCUGUGAGGGAUUUGGUUUCUUGGACAUCCAUGAUUUCGGGCUAUGCCCACAAUGGAUGUAACGGUGAGACGUUGGUGUUCUUUGACUCGAUGUGUGAUUCGGGGAUUCGACCAAAUCGGGUAGGCAUUUUGAGUGUUCUUCUGGCUUGUGGCAAUUUGGGAGCUUUGAGGAAAGGUGAAUGGCUUCAUAGUUAUGUGAUCCAAACUGGAUUUGAGUUUGAUGUCCUUGUUGCAACUGCUGUCAUGGAUAUGUACACCAAGUGUGGGAGUUUAGAUUUAGCUCGUAGAUUGUUUGAUGGUACGCCGGGGAAAGAUGUAGUUUGUUGGAGUGCAAUGAUUGCGAGUUAUGGGAUUCACGGGCAGGGAAGGAAGUCACUUGAUCUUUUCGAUGACAUGUUAAGAGUGAAAGUGAUGCCAAACCAUGUGACAUUCACUUGUGUUCUCUCGGCUUGCAGCCACUCUGGAUUACUAGAAGAGGGCAAGAGGUGUUUCGAGUCGAUGGUAAAGGAGUUUGGUAUUGUGCCGCAACUCAACAACUAUGCGUGCAUGGUGGAUCUUCUAAGCCGUUCAGGACAACUAUCGGAAGCAGAAAAACUGAUAGAGAGUAUGCCAGUUGAACCGGAUGCAAGCAUAUGGGGUUCUCUGCUCGGGGCAUGUCGAAUUUAUGGCAAUCUAGAUUUAGCAGAAAGAAUUGCGGAUCGCAUUUUUGAACUCGAUCCCUUUCAUGCUGGCUAUCAUGUUUUGCUCUCAAACAUCUACGCUGCAAAGUCAAGAUGGAAAGAGGUCGAGAAGGUGAGAAAGUUGAUGGUGAAAAGAGGAGCCAAUAAAGUUCAGGGAUUUAGUUUGAUUGAGUUUAAGAACGUUGUUCAUAAGUUCGGGGUGGGAGACAGGUCUCAUCCUCAGUCGGGCAAGAUCUAUGCCGCGCUUGCAGAGUUGGCUACUCCAAUGAAACGUCUCGGUUAUGUGCCAUUAACAGAUUUGGUUCUUCAUGAUAUUGAGGAGGAAGCAAAAGAGGAAGCACUUCUUUACCAUAGUGAAAGGUUGGCCAUUGCUUUUGGCCUCAUUAACACUUCCCCAGGGACUCCAAUUCGUGUUACAAAGAAUUUGAGGAUAUGUGGAGACUGUCAUAAUGCCAUUAAGAUUAUCUCGAAAAUCGUGAAUCGGGUUGUCAUUGUGAGAGAUAUGCAUAGGUUUCACCAUUUUGAGGACGGACUUUGUUCCUGUGGUGAUUAUUGUGCGACACGUGGCCUUACUUUCCCUCAAAAGGCAACAACCUUCGACGAGGGGGGGGAUUCCCUUUCCUUCUGCCGCAAGGGAAGCUCAACCUUCGACGCCAACGUCUCAUGACGGCGACAGUUCGUACCGUCAACCUUACGGCAGGAAUCCUUCGGGAAGA